CACGUGAGAGAUGCUGCGUUGUGUCAUCUCUGCGCUCUAUCGUCCCUCGUCUUCUCCUCCUUAUCGCCGCUCUCGUCGGUGGUCCGUUAGACAGUCAAGCAGUUAACGUGCGGGAAGCACCUGAACGUGCAAAAUGAAGGAUCACGACGGUGCGUCCCAGCAAAGGAAGCCCACGAAACUCAGGAAUCUUACGGACAAGACGGAGGCGUUCGAUUCCCUGCACGUGAGGAAUUCUGAGAGAACUCUCUGUUCGGGCCAAGUAUGCCUCGGUAGCGUGAUGCAGUUGCCGACUCACGGAACCGAGCCACGUACGAAGGAGGAGAUCUUGGUUCACGCGAAAGACUUUCUGGAGCAAUAUUUUACCUCCAUCAGAAGAUUGAACAGCGAUGCCCACCGCGUACGUUGGGAGAGCGUGCAGAGAGAGGUGAUUUCCACCGGUACAUAUCAAUUAACGGAAACGGAAUUGGUUUUUGGCGCAAAACUAGCCUGGAGGAACGCCGCGAGAUGCAUCGGCCGCAUACAGUGGUCGAAAUUACAGGUCUUCGAUUGCCGCUACGUUACGACCACGAGCGGCAUGUUCGAGGCUCUGUGCAAUCAUAUCAAGUACAGUACAAAUAAAGGAAACAUCAGAUCCGCGAUAACGAUUUUUCCGCAACGCACUGAUGAAAAACACGACUACAGAGUAUGGAAUCAUCAACUGAUUAAUUACGCAGGAUACAAAAAUCCGGACGGCACUAUCCUUGGCGAUCCCGCCAACGUAGAGUUCACGGAGGUUUGCAUGAAAUUAGGGUGGAAAGGUGCGCGGACCAGAUUCGAUAUACUACCAUUGGUUCUAUCCGCUAAUGGUCACGAUCCCGACUAUUUUGAUAUUCCGAGCGAUCUCGUGCUUGAAGUACCUCUCAGUCAUCCCACGUAUGAUUGGUUCGAGAAACUGGGUCUAAAAUGGUUCGCCGUGCCGGCCGUGUCCGGGAUGGUCUUCGACUGUGGCGGCUUAGUAUUCACCGCGGCACCCUUCAACGGUUGGUACAUGAGCACCGAGAUCGGCUCCCGGGAUCUAUGCGACACUCAGAGGUACAACAUGCUCCAGACGAUAGCGACGAACAUGGGCCUGGACACGAGAACGUCGACAUCAUUGUGGAAGGAUAAGGCGAUGAUAGAGGCGAACCUCGCGGUGCUGCACAGCUUCCAGAUGAAGAAUGUAACGAUCGUGGAUCAUCACACGGCUUCGGAAUCGUUCAUGAAGCACUACGAGAAUGAGAUGCGUCUGCGAAACGGCUGUCCUGCCGACUGGCUGUGGAUCGUGCCACCGAUAUCCGGCUCGGCCACGCCGGUCUUCCAUCAGGAAAUGGCGCUCUACCACCUGAAGCCGUCGUAUGACGCGCAGGAUCCGGCGUGGAAGACCCACGUGUGGAAGAAGGGCCGCGACAAGAAAGCGACGACGAAGAAGCCGAGGCGGAAGUUCCACUUCAAGCAAAUCGCGCGAGCCGUCAAGUUCACGUCGAAGCUAUUCGGACGGGCGUUGUCGCGCCGCAUCAAGGCAACCGUGCUGUUCGCCACGGAGACCGGCACGUCCCAGAUGUACGCGGAGAAGCUCGGCGAGCUGUUGGGCCACGCUUUCCAUUCGCAGGUGCUGUCGAUGGCGGAAUACGACAUCAGCAACAUAGAACACGAGGCGCUGCUGCUGGUGAUAACUUCGACCUUCGGGAACGGCGAUCCGCCGGAGAACGGCGAGCUCUUCGCGCAGAAUCUGUACGCGAUGAAGAUGAACGACACGUAUAUCAACAGCGAGAACAAGAUAAGUCUGGCGACCUCCAAGUCGUUCAUCAAGGCCAACAGUCAGACGGAGGUGAGCGGAUCAAAGAAGCUGGACAGACUGGAUUCUCUGCGCGGUUCCACGACGGAGUCGCAGGCCGAGGAUACCUUCGGGCCGCUGAGAAACGUGCGGUUCGCCGUGUUCGCGUUGGGUUCGUCCGCCUAUCCCAACUUCUGCGCGUUCGGCCGCUACGUUGACAAUCUGCUGGGCGAAUUGGGCGGUGAGCGUUUAGCGCGCUUGGCCCAGGGCGACGAGAUGUGUGGACAGGAGCAAACUUUCCGCAAGUGGGCGGCUGACACAUUCGCAGUCGCCUGCGAGACCUUCUGUCUGGACGACGAUGAUACGUUAUUGGAGGUGGCCCUAUCGCUAGGCUCCGAGGCACUGUCCGCGGCGACGGUGCGUUUCAUCGAGGCCGAGCCUCAACCGAUUGUCAAAGCGCUGAGCAAAUGCCACAACCGGAACGUGACAAUGUGCAACAUGCUUCGGAGGAGCAACUUGAGCGGCGACGAGUCCAGCGGCACGACGCUACUUCUCGAACUCGACGACAUCGUGGGCAUGGACAUUUCUUACAAGCCUGGAGAUCAUUUGGGCGUGUUCGCGUGCAAUCGUGCGGAGCUCGUAGAGAGGAUCUUGCAACGCGUGCAGUCUACGUUCGAUGCAGACACUCCGAUCGAGCUGCAAAUGCAGAAGCAGGCACAUACUCCUAAUGGUAUUGUGAAAACAUGGAUGCCUCACGACAGAUAUUUACCGAAUUCCUUCAGAAUGUUGUUGACACGAUUUUUGGACGUCACAACGCCGCCUACACCAAAUCUGUUGCGGUACUUCGCUUCGAUAGCUGCGAAUGCGAAGGAACGGACGCAACUCGAUCUUCUGGCCUCUGAUCCGGCAGCUUACGAAGACUGGCGACACUGGAAGUUCCCCAAUUUGGCCGAGGUGUUGGACGAGUUUCCAUCCGUGACUCCGUACGCCCCAUUGCUUCUGCUUCACCUGACACCCUUGCAACCGAGAUUCUACAGUAUUUCAUCGUCCCCGUAUGUGCAUCAAGGACAAAUACACUUGACGGUCGCAGUGGUGCAAUACCGGACGCAAGAUGGAUCCGGACCGGUUCAUUAUGGGGUUUGCUCGAAUUACUUGCGAGAGAUAGCAGAUGGCGAGCUGCUGUACGUGUUCGUGCGAAGCGCGCCAAACUUCUAUAUGCCGGUGGAAACCAAAGCACCAAUGAUAUUGGUGGGACCUGGCACUGGACUCGCCCCAUUCCGAGGCUUCUGGCAUCACCGUUACGCCCAAUUGAAACUCGAACGCACUCAAGCAUUUGGUAAGAUUUGGCUGUUCUUUGGUUGCCGUCAAAAGAACCUAGAUCUGUACAGACAAGAGAAGAAAGAGAUGCUGGAGGCUGGCGUUUUAAACAAAGUGUUUUUAGCAUUGUCUCGAGAACCUGGCCUCAAAAAGACUUACGUGCAAGAUUUGAUCCAAGCAGAAGCCUCUCUGAUUUACGCGAUGGUGGUGUACGAGCGCGGUCAUUUUUACGUUUGCGGGGACUGCACGAUGGCCGAGGACGUUUAUCAGACGUUGAAGCAGAUCAUACAAACGCACGGCAAAAUGACCGACAAAGAGGUCGAGGCGUAUAUGUUGUCGCUCAGAGAUGAGAAUCGCUACCACGAGGACAUAUUUGGUAUAACGCUACGCACGGCCGAGGUGCACAAUCGAUCACGAGAGACCGCCAGGAUCCGGAUGGCCGCCGAGCCGUAAAGGCGUCAGAUCGACAAAACACGAACCAAAUAUUAAUUUGCGUUCGACGGGGCGUUGGCCAGGAGUCGCAUCAAUAAUAAUCAACAACCACGCUACUUCACG